UUUCGCAGUGUUUGUGUAUGUGGAUAUGACUGCGACGACCCACCGACGGGUUGAGUGGUCCAAUGUGAAGAACACUAUCCCAUCAUCGCCGCAGCAGUAAAGAGAGGAAUGAAUGUCACGGUCUUGUUCUGCAGCAGCGCAGGCCGCAGGUAAAAAGAACUUUUCCCUCCCCAUCUUCGGAUGCACGCUGCUUGUUGCCUCGGUUUCCUCCCUCAAGCUCGUCGUCGUCAUUCUUGAAGAGGGCGCUGAGUGCACAACUACUAAUGUAGUGACCGCCGUUUGGUCGGUCGGAUACACUAUUCUACGCAGAGGGACCGGGAUACGAGCGAGAAUGAAAACGCAACAAGAAAGAACGCGGGGAAUAACAUAAACGGUGUGUGUUUCCCAUCUUCAUCCCUUCUAUCUUCUAUUCCUGCAGAACAGAAUGGGAUAAAACUCUGAAAGAGUGGCUAGUUGUAGAGGACCGAGAAGUACGCAUAGCACAUAUCGCUCUACUAAAAUAUUUUGUGAAGAAGAAGAGUGGCAUCUAUUUCAAAUGCGAGUGGUCCUCUAGUGGAAGGAGUUUUUAUGGAUGAAAAUCGGCGUAAUUCUUAGUUUUGAAAGGAGUAGUGCAUUUAGUGAAGUGAUUUAGAUACUUUUCGGUCCAUCGAUUGGGAUCAACAGCCGCAAAAUGUUCGUCGCAAUCAAAUCCUCCUGUGUCAAUCCCAAAAACCUGUUCUGCUUUGUUUGCGGGAGCUACACUCCUUCGCAUCAUAAACGCUCAAUCAUGACCAAACCAAUCAUGGAGGCGUAUGAGGCAUACUUUACCACCCGCACUGAAAAGGAGGACUAUGUCCAUGGACCGUCAUCGGUGUGUAACGAUUGCAACCAGGGUUUGCUUCGGUGGAAAAACGGCCAAUACGUAAAACCUCCGCUCCCCUUCUCCGCGCCGAUGAUCUGGAGAGCUCCUAGUAGUCAUCCCAACGAUUGCUACUACUGUCUAACAAAGACCGUCAGUGAUGGGAAAAAGAAGAUGGCAUGUUAUCCAGGCAGCAUUCCUUCAGCGAUUCGACCCAUUCCAUGUGAAGUGGAUCACGCUUCAAUGUCAUCCCCCUCGUCUUCCCCGCCGCUUGCCGUGAAGAAAGUGUCUCAUCAAAUGGAACCUCUCAAGCUACAGCCCACCCCGAACUGGACGGUAAGCGUCAAGAAGGUCAAGCUGAACAACAACCAGCCGCCACAGAAACAAAUCCCCACAAUUCCAAUGGUACCGCCACCUUUGCUUCCAAAAUUCAACGUAAACUUUCAGCCUCCCUCGGUCGCACCUGAUAUGAAACCUUCGCAUCUUCUUCAAAAGACAUCGCCGAUGCCGGCAGCGACCAGUCAGCAACGCGUAAGAGUACGAUCCGAAGCAAUGCUGCUGAAUCAACCACAGGUGCAGGUGCCAGCAAAGGACCGCGGGAUUUUGUCAACUCCUGCAGUUCGACAACAGCAGCAGCAUCAGCAACGACUAAGUUUACCAAACUAUCCGCUUAUGCAGUCUCCAUCGUCCCAGAUCGGAACGAACAAAAUGCCGCCGAUGGAUAAGCGCUACCCCAUCUAUGAUAUCUCACCAAACGUGCAAAUGGCUCUCAAAAACGAACCGAUCACAAUCGAAAUUGACGAUGACGAACCCGAAGAACGGAGUAAAACCAUCAACGCAAUGCUUCCACCACCGACGCCGCCGAAUUUGCGGGUGCCAUCGGGUAAGACAAGUGGCGCACCCAUCUUCAAGAAUGGGUCGCCAUGCUCCUCACAGCAACCGACGGCCUAUAAACCGCGAACGGCUUCAGUUUCCGCAAACCAUAAUGUGGUAUCUAGUACCAGUACCACCACCCUGACAGCAUCGGGUAACGGUGCACCGAUGCUGCUGACGGAUAACGAUCUGCUAUCGCUGAUCACCGAUCUCGAGCUGCCAAAUGACCGGGCGGUGCUGCUGAUCGAUUGGCUAAGCGCGCGAAACCUGAUCGACAGUAGAUCCGUACUGGUAGCUCACAAACGACCCGCCAAGUUGUCCGCACCUGCUACGGGACCGACCGUUGGUACCAAUGGCAGUAAUAAGCGAUUUAAGCCACAGCCGCAGCAACAUCAACAGCAGCCACAGCGGCAGCGGCAGCAUCAACAUCAACUGUGUUAAUUAAGUUCCAUAUCAUGAAGCAUAUGUCCGUGCUUCGAACGAAAAAAAGGCUGAUGAAAGCGUGUGAACGUGCGAAAUUAAAUUCCUAAUCUGUUUUACUUUUGCAUUGUUUGUGAUUAGCGUAGUCGGAGGUUACGGGGAAGGCCAGACUACCGUUCAAAACAGUAUUUGUACUUAAAAACUAUGACAUUGAAUUAGAUCUGAGUACUUUAUUUUUAGAUAUAUGUUAUAUUACUACUUACGAUGUGCCAUGGGCCAGUUGCGAAGGCGUGGGCGCAUUUUUACUCUCAAGAGAAAAUAAAUGCUACUGAAGACAUUCCAUACUAA